CGGUCGGUGCGGUGGAAGGAUGAGCUGAUGCGCACCAGCCCAAUGCUGCGCUUCAUGACCAAGCACCUCGCGCUCGUCUCAUGUCCCGUCGACGGCGCCUCGCGGACCGACGGCACGGGCAUCAUGAUCCUGCCGUGCGCGCCUGGUGCGGCAGGUGGCUUCGGGCCGAACGAGCCGCGCGAGCACAGCGCCAUCUUGAUAUGCGGCAACCGCAUGAUGGACAAGGGCCACCUCGAAGACACGCUGGCGCACGAGAUGACGCACUUCUGGGACCACUGCCGCUUCAAGGUCGACUGGGACGACCUGCGGCACGUCGCCUGCAGCGAGGUCCGCGCUGCAUCGCUGUCGGGCGACUGCUCCAUGAAGCGCGAGAUGUGGAAGAACCGCAACUACAACUUCGUCAAGGGACAUCAGACAUGCGUGCGGCGGCGAGCAGCGCUCAGCGUCGCAAUGCACCCCAAGUGCAAGGACCAGGAGCAGGCCGAGAGCAUCGUCGACCAGGUCUUCAACAGCUGCUUCCGCGACACGCGGCCAUUCGACGAG